AUGAACCAAGUGGAAGCAUCAUUGAAGACGUCGGUGGUGGACAAGAGUACUACGAUGAACGGUUUGUUGGACAGUGGAGCAAGCCAUGCGAUGCGCGAGGCGACGGAGGAAGAGUACCAGAAGGGCCACCCUGUAUCUGUCACCUUAGCUGGGGAAGAUGUACGACUUCUACGGCAGAACUUGCAGGACUUGGGCUGUUCCUUGAGGUGGAAGAAAGGUUCUUUGCAGCUCUACCACCCGAAGCGUGGAAUGAUGAAAGUGAACCUUGUGAACAACUGUCCAGAACUGCAAGUGAGAGAUGCCUUAGCUCUCAUCCAGGAACUUGAGGCCAAGCAUAUCAAGCUACUCAACGACCAAGUGGAAACGUUGAGCGCGCGUUUGGAAGUGAUGAAGAAGGAAGUGCAAAGGCCGUGGGAUGAGCUCUUGAAGGAGUAUGCGGCCACCGGAAAUCAGGCGACCCUCUUCAAGGUGAUCCACACAUGUCCCGUGACCAAGGACCUCCCUGAGGAUGUCAAGGCCAUGUUGAUUGAGGGUUUCGAUGUGAAUUCUGGGGAGCGCUACCUAAAAGAUCUUCCUUUGACGCGAAGGAAGAGAAGGGCUUUGAUGGUGCAUAGCCAGUGGGCUGUCAACAUUAACAGCGGCGAGGACAAGGGAGGAACGGACCCCUUUGAAAUGAUCGCCAAGGGAGGAAAAAUCCUGUUGAACAUUGACUUCAAGAACUCCAAGCUGUGGGAUGUUGGUAAGAGAGAGGGAGUUUACCGAAUGCUUUUGUGGGCAGCCUCUCAGGGGAAGAUUUCGGAUGUGAUCUCAGCACCCCAACACAGCACCUGGCCAACCUCCCGAAAGAACCAUCGUGAUCCAGGUUUGUAUGACUUUCGAACCCGCAAGGAACCAUAUGGACGACAAGAAUUGCCUCCUCUACAGCAACUCCGGGUGAACAAGGAGACGGCUGACUGUGUGAAGCCGAUGCUGAUUUGGAUGUUGGCUAUGAUCAAGGGCCCGGGGGAUGUGGGUUUUGCAAUGUGUUUUCCUGCGGACGAGAUGGUGAUAAGAUCGGCAGAUUCCCCAAGGGCGUCAUUCUGGCAAAGUGAACUAUGGAGGUCUUUCCGUUCGGUUACCAGUAUGAAGAAAACUUCGUUCAAUAUGGGAGCCUACGGCCAUCGUUCUCAGAAUCCGUUGUCGAUUGCCACGAACUACCAGGACUUGAUCAGCCUCAAUGGGGUCUAUGAUUACGAUCAAAGCUGUGUUCCUCCUUCAUUGUUGAGCCAGGAGGAGAUGAAUACUUGGUCCAAUGGUUUCAAGACCCUGGUCGCGAAAGCAAUCCUGAGUGACUACCACGAAUUUGCCAACCUCUACUCUGAGAAUGACAGCUGCGUGAAAAUAGGGAAGCUGACCAAAGAGCAAGAAGAUCAAUGGCGCAACCACUUGCUCAAUGAUCAUCAGCCAUAUCGGGCUGACUGUUCGGUGUGUAUCAAUGCACAGGCCACCGGUCUUGCUGGACCUUUCAAGCAGCCUGGGAGGGAUAUGGACCACGAGGACUACAAGUACAUACUGGUUGCAGCUUACAGGAAGGUGCCGAUGAUGUUAUGGAAGAGGAACCAGAACUACUACCUGGAGGCGAAGACGAACCCAGUUCUGAAGGUGAAGACCGAAAACUUUGUGGUCCCGAGGCGACCCAGCGGGCAACAGUACGGCGGAGCUUGGGAUCAAGUGGGCCAAAAGCCUUUCCAGAUAGCCCGUGGGCGGCGAGACCGGCAACUACGUUUGGCAAUGAGGUGGAAAGGAGGAUGGUAUCGCGGACCAACUGUUGAUGUGAAGCGAGGCCACUUGAUCAUGAGGGAAGAUGGAGGCUUGACUGUGGCUAAGAGUGUCAAGUUCAACGUGAUAACCCAGCUCUACGACCUCUUGGAGACCCGCGGGGAUAGUGAUCGGAGGAUCUCAAAGAAAACCCGGAUGACUUCGUGGUACACGGGUGCCUUUGUUCAUGGGGGUGUUGCGGGAGUGAGAGCCAACCUAAAGGACUUCCCAAAUACCUCUAAGUACUUAGUGAACGUGGCCAAGCACUAUGCGGGUGAGGUCAACUUCUCAGCGGUUGGGAUUGCAAGGAAUGCUCAGUUGGGUCUUCAUCGUGAUGUUCACAACUAUGCUAAGGCCAAGAACUAUGUGAUGCCCUUAUGUGGUUUCGAAGGAGGCGGACUUUGGGUUCAAGAUGAUAUGGUGUGUGAUGAAGAGUCAACCACAAAAAUCUCACCCAAUGGCAAGGAGAUCAAGGGCAAGAUCUUAAAAGCCACCGAGGGUGAGGUGAUGAGUUUUUCUCCUCGAUUAUGGCAUCAAGUUCAACCUUGGGAAGGUACGCGUACGGUGAUGCUCAUGUACACGCCGAGGGCAACGAGACUUUCAGCAGCCCAUGUGGAACAGUUGGAAGAAGCAGGCUUCAAUGUAGACAAGGAGUCCUUGAUCAAAGGGGACAACGGGUCUUCGGAUGAGGAGGAGGAUCAAGAGCUGGUUCAAAUGAAAACCUUUUUGAAGGACAAUGAGUUGCCCCAGCCUGCAGUGUUUGAGGAGAUGGAACCCUCGGAGAUGUUCGACCACCAUGAUGAACCCCAGGUGAACAUGAAGAAGAUGAUCCGGAAAGCUGAAGUACAGUAUACCCCGAAUGUGGAAGAGAUCUUGAGGGAGUGUGAGCGCCAAGGGAAGCAGCUGGAUGUUACCCACACCGUGAGUUUGGGAGAUGUCAAGAAGAACCUUGAUAACUGGAGAAAUUCAGCCCUCAAGGAGUUCCACAACCUCACUGAAGUGAAGCGGGCUUUCACGGUCAAGAAGAAGAGUGAGUCACCUCCUGGAUGCCGGAUCGUUCCAUGUAAGGGUGUCUACACGACAAAACCGGACAAGGGACCUCAAGGCUACAGUUUCAGAGAUGAGUUCAGAAGUUGA